AUGAAAACGAUUUUAAUUACCGCAUAUGCCAUUAACCCGUUUAAGGGCUCUGAAGAUGGAACCGGGUGGAAUAUUACCCGAGAGAUUCUUCAGGAGUUCAAGGUGAUACUGAUCACCCGGGAAAACAAUGUUCCGCAUUUGGUCAAAUGGUUCAAGGACAACGAUACAGAUCUGUUGGAUAGAAUUCACUUCGUUGGAUUUGAUUUGCCUCCAGCGGUAUUGAAAAUCAAGAAAAAAAUGGGGUCGAAGGGACACGUCGUUUACUUCUAUCUCUGGCAGCGAUACAUCGCUCGAUUUAUUAAGAAACAAGCAUUUAAGUUCGACCUGGCAAUGAGCCUAAAUUUUCAUAGUGAUAGUCAUCCACACUUUUUGUGGAAAUUCAACACACCGAUUUUCUGGGGGCCAAUUGGGCAUCACCCGAUGAUCCCCAGGGAAUUUGUGCUGAAGUAUGGCGUAAAAGCAUACAUGAUUGAUCGCAUGUUUUUCGGAAUGAAAUGGAUGAUGCGCAAGCUCAAUCCUGCUUACCGAAAGGCCGUUCGUCGAACUGAAAAGAUAUUUGUCAUUAACUCUUCAAUCCAGGAAGCAAUUGGUGCCGGAGCUCCCAAGGUAAUUCAUUUACCAGCCGUGGCGGCUCCGGAAUCAAUGUCCUCUGAGAAAGCAAACGGAGAAAAAUUCACUGUUUUGUGUGCUGGACGCUUCCAUUUUAUGAAGGGCUUUGACAUUGCGUUGCGGGCAUUCGUUGAGUUCACGGAGAACUUGAGUGAAAAUGAACGCGAAAAUGUACAAUUGAUAUUGGUAGGGAAGGGGAAUGAAAAAGACCGACUCCAGGCAAUGAUUGAAGAUUCGGAAGUAGCUUCCAGAAUCAAAUGGCUGGAUUGGGUGCCUCACUCAGAAAUGAAAGCCCUUUACCAAUCCUCUCAACUUUUCCUUUUCCCUUCUCAUGAAGGAGCUGGAAUGGUGGUUCCUGAAGCCAUGAGUUACGGUUUGCCUGUACUCACAUUUGCGAAUUAUGGUCCCGGAGAAUUAAUCGGGAUUGAUGAGCUGCAAGUGCCUUAUGGACCUUAUCAACAGAGU